AUGUCAGCGCAAGUGAACCAGACGCUCGGCGCCGCAGCCGCCGGCGAGACGGACCAGGAGCGCCUCGCGCGCGAGUUCAAGGCGCUCGCCGCGGGCCGCUCGGUCGUGUCCUACGGCGACCCGUACCUGUCCUUUGACGCGAGCAACGAGCCCGCGCUCACCGACGACCUGGUCGCCAACCCCAAGUCGCACGGCUCGAGUAUCCACGUCAACCCCGCGCGCCCGGCCGCCGCGGGCGACAAGUCGCCCAGCUACGGCCCGCUAUACCACGGCCGGGACGGGAACCCGCUCAGCGCGCCGAUCUGGGACUUCCACAUCUACUGGAAGCCAAACAACCUCGACGAGAAGGAGUACGCGCGCAAGCUGCACUCUGCCAUCCGCCGCGAGUUCCCCGAGCUGCACGUCAAGCGCUUCUGGGAGGUUGCCGUGGGCCCUCACCCCACCCCCAUGUUCGAGGUCAACAUCUUCAACACCGAGGAGCUCGGCGCGCUCUUCUCCUACGUGGUCGAGAACCGCGGGCCGCUGUCCGUCCUCAUCCACCCCAACACUGGCGAGUCGGCCGGCGACCACACGACGCGCGCGACGUGGCUCGGGCCCAAGAUCGAGCUCGACGUCGCGCCUCUGUACGCUUAUGACAUUCGGCAGCGGGCCGCGCUGGAGGCCAAGAAGAACGGCACCGAGGAGAAGAAGUAG